CUCCCCGCCGCCGGGCGGGGGUCUCAGGGGUCGGGGGGGUCCGGUGGGGGUCCUCUGGGUCCGUUGCAGCAGCAGCAGCAGCAGCAGCAGCGGCAGGAGGAGGUGAGGUGAGCCCCCCCGCCACGCCAUGAGAUGUCGGGGCUGAACUGGAAACCCUUCGUGUACGGCGGGCUGGCCUCCAUCGUGGCCGAGUUCGGGACCUUCCCAGUGGACUUGACCAAAACCCGCCUCCAGGUUCAAGGCCAGAGCAUCAAUGGCUGCUUCAAGGAGAUCAAGUACAAAGGGAUGUUCCACGCCCUGUUCCGCAUCUGGAAAGAAGAAGGCGUGCUGGCCCUCUAUUCCGGAAUCGCCCCAGCGUUACUAAGACAAGCAUCCUACGGCACCAUAAAGAUCGGCAUCUAUCAAAGCCUAAAGAAACUCUUCGUGGACCGCUUAGAAGAUGAAACCCUGCUGAUCAAUAUGAUCUGUGGGGUGGUAUCGGGGGUGAUAUCGUCCACCCUGGCAAACCCAACCGACGUCUUGAAGAUCCGAAUGCAGGCCCAGGGCAGCCUGUUCCAGGGCGGGAUGAUCGGCAGCUUCAUCGACAUAUACCAGCAGGAGGGCACCCGGGGCCUGUGGAGGGGGGUGGUGCCCACGGCCCAGCGGGCCGCCAUCGUGGUGGGCGUGGAGCUUGCCUCUAACGACAUCACCAAAAAGCACCUGAUCAUGUCGGGCCUGAUGGGGGACACCAUCUUCGCCCACUUCGUUUCUAGCUUCACGUGCGGCCUGGCGGGGGCCGUCGCCUCCAACCCGGUGGACGUGGUCAGGACCCGCAUGAUGAACCAGAGGGCCAUCGUGGGCAGCGUGGAGCUCUACGCCGGGACCCUGGACGGGGCUGCUCAAGACGUGGAAGAGCGAGGGUUCUUCGCCCUCUACAAGGGGGUUUUGGCCAACUGCUGCGGCUCGCCCCUGGAACAUCUCGUAUCCUUGCUGGGGGCCGGGGGCCGGGGCAGCGGGAGACCCCGGGCCGAGGCGGCGGAAGGGUCGUGA